GUCUCCAUUCCAAUUAUCAUCUCCAUGAUAAUGAAAUCUCAUAUAAUUACAAAAACCUUAUCAGUAAUCCCUGAAUCCAUGGCGCCCUGACCCUGACUCCUGAGGCAUAAAAAAAAAAACCCCCAUCUGUAAGGCUGCAAUAUUCAGGAUAGCAUACUCUGUGUCCUGACUCUGUGAACUUGCAGACAAAGCAGCAUCAUUCCGCCGAACCACACCCUCUCUCUUUGCCAGAUUUCUAAGACCCAUUCCAAGUUCCAGUUCCGUUCCCCCCACACCACUAACCACCAACCAACCUUCCAACUCCGCCAUUGGCGUUUUUUGUUCUCACCUGCUUGUCCUCCUCCUCGUUACCAUCGCCUGCCCCUGCAAAAAAAUUACCCCCAGCCGGGCAGCAGGCCAACGCCGGCAACCCUGAAAAUGGGGGAAAAGGGACAAAAGAGGAGGAUAAGCUUCCACCUUUCUGUCAACCCUUUCCAUAAGCAACUGUCCAAAUGGAUAACGACUCUUCUUCUUCUUCAAAUCCUAAUGCUCUGUUUUCGUUGUAUAUAAACCCAAAACCGGCCCUCCACUAAAUUUUAUGUAUACAAUCAAAUUCAAAGAGGAGAAAAGGGGGAAUCGGGCUUCAGAUUCUAAUUGGUGAGACAUUUUCAGGAUCUGAAUUGGAUGUGUAUGGCUCAUUUGUUCUCCUGCUUCGUUUGUAAGAAGCAGAUUGCCGCCAACAGCAGCGACGAUGCCGAUUCCGAUAACAUCCGGCGCCACAGACCCAAACCGGUCUCCCCCCGGAAUAACACCGGCGGCGGAAGGAAGAGUUCGUCUGCCAGGGUCGGCGGGAAGCGAGGGGAUCAGGAUAAAGUAGAAUUGGGCCGUCACGCCGGCGGAGGUGGGAAUCACAGGAAGUCGAACAGCCUGUCCAACUACCCAGGCGCCGGCGGAGGAGGGAAGCACUCCGGCCGGAAGCCGCCCGCCGUCGCCAGAGCUAUUAUUGAGGAGGAGAGUUUCAUCGGUUCGCCCAAGGAGUGGAUGAAUAAGGGCGGAGGGAGGAAAUCGGCGUCGCGUAAAGUAGAGGAGGAGAGUUUCGUGGCGGAGGACAACUGGAAGUACGGCGGCGGAGGCGGAGGGGCGGCGAGGAAAUCGGCGAAUGGGAGGAUGGAGGAAGUGGAGGAGAGCUUCGUGGCAGGGGAGGAUUGGAAUUACAGGGGAGGAGGAAACAACAACAUAAGGUUCAACAACAACAGCAGCAGGAGGACUACUCAGCGGAAUCAUCAGGGGAAGAAAUCGCCGGCGCGGCGGAUGGACGAAGAGAUUGGGAGCUUCGCGGCGGGUUCGCCGAGAGGAGAUUUCGAGGCUUCGUCUUUCAGCCGGAACUGGGAGAAGAGCCAGGCGUCGGUCAGUUUGUCAGAGUGGGCAAUCGUCUGCAGGUCCAAUGCCGACAAAUAACGUACGUACGUACAUUUGGCUUUUUUACUCCGGCCGGCGAGAGUCGAUCGGCGGUGGCUGACAAUCAGAAUUUCCAGUUACCUUGUUUGUUAUAACGACGAUGAUUCCUUAUAUAUGUUUAAUUACUGAUCUCAUAUAUGUCUUUUUGCAUCGCUUUCUCUUGAUAUUUUUUUUUUGGGUGUGACAUUUUUAGUUUUAUUGGCCUUGGUUAUUGACUUGCUAAAUAAACGAAUAUCUUUCGU